AAGAUGUCAUUCCUGGACAGCCUUGUGACUGUGAGACCUUCAGGCGCUGUAUCUUCUCUCACUGGUCUCGACAUUAAUAUUACUGGAGCUCCAUUCGUAGCUUGGGAUGAGCGGAUACCUUUUAUCACGGGUGAGAACAGGCUAUGCGGAAAUGGCUGUGAACGAAACACUGACUCCGGAUGAGCAGAGAGAACGAGUUUGGUUUCUCAUGAUAACCGUCACCACAGGACAACUAGAAGGUAUCUCGAAAUUCGUAGAUUAUGCUUUCGAUGCCACGUACAAUUAUACUAGGCUGGAGAAAGGAGAGCUCCCUCGUGUGCGCUUUGGUCGAAUCGACUAUCUCAAUGUUAUGAGUAUCACCACUAAAUGAGCUGUCUGUUCCUGAAUCUCAGAAAUGUCAAAGAGCCAUGGAAAUCCAUCUACAGCCCUGGUGGUGAACGGUAGGGCGCGUCAGAAUUGAGAAUACUACCAUCACUUACCUCCCUUUUGCAGCGAAUACAUUUUAGACUACCUGGUACAAUUUCUGUGGCUCACGUACACGACGAGCGGAGGUCUUGUGACUUUUUUUUCAAAUUUGCAUAAGUCUUUGCCUCCUCAGAACACUGCUAAGCCUGCACCCAAGCCUGUGUCUGCACCCGCAGCCCCAGAACACGCAAUCGUGUCGAGUGCGACGAAUACGAUGCAGAAGUGGUCUGCUAAAGGAAGGGGAAAUAGUUGGAUGUCUCGAAG